CCAAGAUAAGUGAACCGUAGUAUUUGAAGACCCUUAGAAAAGCUAUUCUGUUAGCUUUUGCGGGGUGGGGGCACAGUUUAAUUGUUUUCUUGGUUUUUUUUUUUAACGUGGCUUUCUGUCAGUUCCUGACUGGUGGAAUUCUAGGAGCAGGCUCUCCACCUGCUUCUGCUGGAAUUAAGGGCCUGCACCACCACUACCGCCUGAUCCAGUCCAACUCUCCCACCUGUACUCGUAUAUGAACUGAUAGAAUAUAAGAAUGUGUGUGUCUAAACUGGGAGCAGAAGACUGCGGGCUUGCUUGCCGUGCCCACGCUUUAGCCUUGGGUUAAAUCGCAGUACCAUGGCAAAAUGGGCGUGGUGGGAACCCUGAAAUGAACAAUAGGGUUUGUGUUUCGGGGAGGUCUUGAGAUACGUAAUAAUGCUCAGUUUAGUCCCCCUCUGGUGCUCUUCCACCGGAAAGCCCUCAGGCUGCGGUGGUCGGAAUGGCUCGCUGUUACGAUAAUACUCUGAGACUGGAAAAAUGUUUUAUUUUGGAUGGGGUGGCUGUGAGCUCAGUGGCUCACGGCUACAGCAUCAUGAGGCCCAAGCUGUGGUCAGCGAUUCCGCCUUACAAUUCUCAGCAGGACUACCACACUCGGCGGUACUUCCGGAGCCACGUGGUUCCGCCCCUUUUGCGGAAAACUGAUCAGGAUCAUGGCGGUACAGGAAGGGAUGGCUGGAUAGUAGAUUAUUUCCACAUUUUUGGUCAAGGACAAAGAUAUCUCAACAGGAGAAACUGGGCAGGAGCAGGGCAUUCCCUCCAGCAGGUGGGUGGCCAUGACUACUACAAUUCCAACCCGAAGAAGAUCACUACAGGUUUAAAUGGUCGAUUUGGCUACCGCCGGAACACUCCAGCCCUCCGCCAGCAUACAUCAGUGUUCGGAGAAAUCACCCCAUUCCCCAUUUUCUGAAGAUAUUGCAUCACGGGCCUUGAGCUGAAUCUCCAAGAAAGAUUUUUAAGUGAACUGUCAUUGAAACAAAGAUAUAUAUUCUAUAUUUUAAAAAAAU